GAAAAACAUCGAAACAUUUGAAUUCUCCAUCUGAAAUUUCCCCCAAGUAUAGCGGAAAUAGACCGACGAAAUCGCUCUCUCCCUGGGAGCGAUGCGAAUGUCAAAUUCGAAUACACCACGCAAGUUCAGUGAGAAGAUUGCAAUACUCGAGAGGAAACAGAAUGAGGAGAAUACAACGUUUGAGGAUAUUAUGCGACAGGUGCAAUCAAUCACCCAUCAUCCGACGGAUUCAUCAGGAUCAUCGACGGCAACUGCACCAAUGCCCAUUCCGCAACAGGGUCUCCUUCCACCUCAACAACCAUGGGGUCACAAUCUCGGAGGAUCCCUGCCGAACGUCCAUCAAAUGCCAUCCUACUCUCCACCACAAUGGCCACCAAAUUGGCAGCACGAGAUUCAACACAGACCUAUCCAAGGACAUCGAAGUCGAUCACCAGAGGAUCACAUGAUCGGAAGUGCAUCUGGAUCACCAUCACAUCACUAUCAUCCGUAUGGAAUGAGAUCGAAUGGAUUAUCACGAUCGCCCGAUCGAACGCCUCCCCAACACCCGCAGUAUACGCCCUAUGGACCCCCGUAUAACCAACCUGGACAGCUUGUGCCGCCCGAGUCGUGGAAUCAAAUCAAUCGUGCACGUUCGGAUCCUGCAAUUCAUAACAUGGGCGGUAUGGUUCCAAUGCAUCCACAUCACCAUCAACAACAACAAAUGGCAUUUCAUCAAAUGCCUCAUUAUCUUCAAAAUUCGAUGCCUGGACCAUCUGGAAUGAUGGCUCCGAACAGUCAAUCACAACAACACUCACCUCAGUUAACACCUCAAGGAUCGCAGCAAGGAUCACCGGUUCAGAUGCAUCAUCAGAUACCUCCACCAUUACAAAUGGGCAAUAACCAACAAAUGGGCGGAGGCAAUAAUGGAAUGUCACCGUUACAAUCACCUAAUCAUAUGAUGACACCUAUGUAUGGGUAUCAUAAUGGCUCACCACUCCAUUCACCGAUGGAUUCACCCCAUGCCUCAACAUUAAUGCUCGAUGGAUCAGGGACACCCUCUCCGUAUAUGGAAGUAAGUCCUCCCGGAAUGCAUGAUUUCAAUCAAGAUGCCGGAAGUUUACCCAAUCUUCAAAAUGUGCAACAGCAGCAGCAACAGCAACAGGAAAUUUAUACAAACGGGGGAGCCCCUGGUGGUGGAUACUAUCAUGCUCCAAUUGGACCAAGACAUAGUACAGGUGCAUGUGGUCCGAGGCUAGUACCCGGUCCAGCGUUGACACCCGAAUCACAGUCGGCGCCGACGUCACCGCAUAAUCAAUUGGAUCCGAAUCAACCGCCCAUGUGGCCGACGAGAACAUUCUCCAAUUCACCGGAGGCAUUGGAUAUUCCGAAAUUGACAAUUACAAAUGCUGAAGGUGCACCUGGGCAUCAUGUUGAUUCGUAUAAUGAUUUUAAUGAUCUUGGCCUCGACUCACUGGACAGCGUGUUAUGUAACGGAGCGCCGCCACAGACAAUAUCCAACCACCAAACACCCAACAACUCAUUCCAUGAUCCGGGCGGUACACAAAUGCUCCAAAAUUAGGUCCCGCCCACGCACGUGGUGUCAGAGUGUCUCAUUUCGGUUUGAUUUACGUAGAUCUACAAAAAAUGCGCAUUUUUUGAAAAUUCCCGCAUUUUUUGUAGAUCAAACCGUGAUGGGCCUGGCACCAUGUCUCUAUCUCUCAUUCACUUUCUCUCUCUCUCUCUGUCUCUCUAAUUCUCUUGCCCCUCGCCACGAGAUUCCACGUGGCGGCGCCUAUUUUUAUCGAAAUAUACCCCAGAAUUCCAAAACAACAAUUAAAUGUGAUAAAAGACGAAUUUCCGAAGCCCCCAAACACACACCUCUCCACCCACGCAUUUCAAUGUUCUUAAUUUUUGAAAAAAAAAUCGA